UUCAGAACCGGAAGCUGGCUCAACGUACGAGGCUAUUAUUAGCACAGUGUUCAGUUUGUAGUUUGGCGUCCAAGUGCUCACAUUUUCGAAGCAUGUACCAAUGGUUUUAAAGGUUAAAUGUGUCCAGGGUUGCAGGAGACACAUGACAGACAAGCCUUCAAAAGUUGACAACAUUGUCCUUAGCGAAAACCUUACUUUUCUUUGGAUUUGAUAGCUGGGAAUUUGAGAGUGAAAAAGCAAUGUCUUCCUGCCCAGUUUGUUUGGAAACAGAGCUGAAACAGCCAGCAGCAUGUAUUCCAUGUGGCCAUACCUUUUGCUACAGCUGCAUAACUCAGUGGCUGCAGCGAUCACAUGACCCUCUCUCCAGCCAGUCUCAUUGCCCCCAGUGUCGGAGGCCUGUUCGUGAAGUGCAAAAGCUUUUUAUCUCAGAGUGGCCAGUGUUGACAAGCAAGGAGCAGGAGGCAGGUGGAUGGAGUGGGGCGUGGGUUCACUUCCAGCAGGGUGUCAGCUGCAUCGCUGACCACAUGAGGGCUACAUUCUACACUCUUGUCUCUUAUCUUACUGCCUUUUCUCGGUAUGUUCAGGCCAUACAGAAUCGAUAUCAGGUCAACGUUAAUGGGAUUAAGCAUCAUGCUGCACAAUGUAUUAGAUGGACUUUGAGAGAGUGGAAUGACCUUGGCCGCAAUGCCCAGUGUUUUGUGGCUGUCACUGUGCUACUAAUCCUGCUUCUUUUAGUUCAAGAUGCUGUACGUGAGGAUGGAUUUCACCGCGGGAUUCUCCUUCCAGUUAUCCUUCUCCUGUUCGAUGCCUUGAGUCAUCUGACUGUUGCUGCUGCCUAUAUACUGGUGCGACCAUUUCUAUGCCUUUUUUCGUGUGGAUUCGAAAUUGUAGUCGCACUCAAAGACAUUAUUUAUACUCUUUUGAUAGCUGUUGUCAUGGUUGCUUUUGAUUUAGUUUGUAUCCCAUGGCUACUGCUAGGAGUAUGCUUUCGACUGGUAUGGGCUGUGCUGUGUAGGGUUUGGGCUGUCACUGGACUUGCUGUAUCAGUUGGCAUUCUGGCUCUGCCCUUUAUCCUUGGCAAUGAAGAGUGGAAAAACAUGCUGCAGGCAUGUUUCUCUUCUGUGCUGGUUCGUAUUCAGGUGGCAGCAAAUAAACUGAUGAGACACAUGCAGCAAUUGGAAGAGUGGCUAGAUAGAGAACGUGCACGAGAAGGAGAGCAACACCGAGAACCAAGACGAAGUCAGAGUUAUCCUUUCAGGCUGCACGUGUCUGUCUCAAGAGGUGCAAGAGAACAGGCAGAAGAAGAAAAUAUGCCCGCUGCAGAAUCGAGAGUAAAUACUGAGUUAUACAGACUGACUACUUUGCUUGAGCCCUUUGCUGCUACUGUUGCUGCCCAUGGCAAUGAAAUCAGGCAGUGAAGUACAUUAGGCAAAUACAAAAGUAAGGUCAAAAAUCCCUUUAGAAUAUUAAGGCUACAUUUUAAUGAUUGUGAAGAAAUAGAUUAAAUGUUUGUCAUUAAGUUGAUGUCUUGUAAAUAACCAUAAAUGUUUGAGCUACCGUUGAUAAUGUGGUAUGUUUCAUGUUAAAAAUUUCAGCCAUUUUAUGUCUAGAAAUUAUUAAAUUCAAUCUGUCCAUGAUGUGGAAAGAUGUACUCAAAAGAUUUUUUUAAUUACUGCAUUUUAAUUUUUAAUAAUAAUUUUAAAGAUAAACUACAAAUUCUGAUGUCUUGUUCCUGUCUUCCUUUCUCAUUGAAGAAAGUCUUAAAACAUUUUUAUGCACAUAAAUGAACAAAUGGCAUAAGACACGCUCAACCUGCAGUUUCUGGGUGUUCGACAGUUUAUCAGAGAUCCUCACUGAUUCUAAUCAUGAUGUGACGGUUUCAGGUUCACUGAUGUUUAUGUAAUUUAAAACAAAAAUAAAGAUAUCAGAUGAUGCAAAGAAAAACUAAAUUGCUGUAAGCAAACUGUUAACACUGUUUUAUGUGGAUGCAUCAUGUUUCUGAAUAUGAUCAUUCUGUUUUCAUCCUUGUGAGGGAAAAAACCUCCAGAAAAUUGUUUUGAAAUAUAUUUAAUGUAAAUUGAGAUAACUGACAUAGAAUGGAGGGCAUUGGCAGUAAAGAGCAGCUUAUAACCUCGAGAAAAUACUGGUGGGAAGGAGGGGGCGAGCAGAAUAUCCUCUGUCCUCUUCUCAUGUCUUCACACUGUGCAGGUGUCAUCAUAAAUCACAGCCUUCAGGAAAUAGUGUUGGGGAGAGGUUGCGAAUCGAUGUGUGCUGAAUUUAAUGUACCAAACCAGAAAUAUUCUGCACAAUGCUUUUAAGUAUAAGUCUUGUGUCUCAAAUGAUAAUGGACAUCACUUCAAAGGAAAAUACUUGAUGUUAACAUGCUGGUUCCAGCUACCAACUAGCAAUAACAUGACCUUUGGUCACUGCAUGUAGCGGUCAGUAUUAUGCAUUAUAUCCCUGGGUUAAGUGUACUAAACAAAAGAUUAGACUACAAAAUAAUUUAUAAGCAUAUAAAAAAGGGUGUGUAAGAUGACUUUUCAACCUUAAGCUCAUUGAACCCAUUGUAAUGUAUUAACCUGCAGCUGUCUAAAUGUCUACUAUUACUAAUGUUAUUUGUCCCUGACUGUGAGAGGAGAUAUGUUGUACAAAUGUGUAUAUUUUUGCUAUCAUUCUGAAUUCAAGUAUAAAUGAAUGUGGGUAUUUCUGAAGAACAAAUUGAUUUAGCUGAGGCAAGGAGCUUUAACUUUUUAAAUUUUCACUUAAUUUUUUUUUUAACAUCAAUUUGUUUAAUAAAAGUAGUAGAACAUUUGUCUCAAACAACAGAGCGGAACUGCAUAUCUGUAUCUAAUAUGCAGCAAAUUCAGAAAUACCUGACUGAACAUUUGACAAGGCCUUAAAGGCUUUGAGUGUUAAAGGUGAAUUCUUUGGAAUGUUUUAUAUUUGUUUUAAUAGGCUAGUUACAUUGUUGUUAAAAGCAAUGCUUGAGAUUGGACAUGGUAAUUAUCAGUAAAUAGUUAUGUCAUCUUUUGGAGAAAAAUAUACUAGCAUUAUUAAAUAAGUAGUUUUAAUGUAUUUUUUUAAAGUUAUUGUGGAACUAAUGGCUUGAUAAUUUAAAACUAAAUUGCAAGUGUAUACAAGAGGCCACAAAAAAUAACCCUCAGCUCUUUCUUGCAGUCUUCAGAAUUUUCGAGCUAUGCCACCAGCACAUUUUUACAGUUUGAAGACUGCAGCAGAAGAGUCCCCAAAACUGUGCAUAUCAUUUGGGUUUGUCCUGUAAUUUGUUUGCUCAGAUUGUUAUAUCAAUAUAUUUUUAAUGUGAUUCUUUGACAUUUUAAAAGUAGAUUUUCAUAAUGUCUCAUUUUUGGGGGAGAAGGUAACAUUUUAUACACUCUACUUGUAAUUUAUCUUUUUGCCUUCUUACAAUUUCCUCAGAGAUCAAGGAGGCUAUUCUGCUUGCUUCUCACUUUUUUUAUCUUUAUCCGUGCAUUUUGUUCAUGUUUGCCCUGUUGUCAUCCAUUUUCUGACACUUGAUUGUCAUUUAGUUUGUAGUCUUUUGUGCACAGUGUCUUAUGCUUGCCUCCAUACAGGGAAGCGUGCCAUACAAUUCAGGUAUUAUUAGAUCUCUAGGGUGAAUGUAAAAGCUGCUUAAAUGAUGCUUAUAAAAAAUGUUGCUGUACAUUAUGCUUAUAAAAUUAUUUUAGGCUAGUUUAUAUUUUCUGGGAGAUGGAGGUUUGAGAUAUUUUAAAGUCUGUACCACUUCUUGAUUUUGAUCAAUGUUAAAUGUCAGGCUGUCCAAAGGGGUCUUGUAUGUGAUUUAUUGAUGCGUAAUAGCAUUGAGUAGCUUGCAAUUAGUUUAGUUAGUUUAUUCCUUGCUGCUCCUUUGAGGUGCAUAGGGCUGCAAUAACACCUCACCAGCGGACCCGGUUUUGGGUAGUCCCCUUCAGUUGGGCCAGUGUGUUUCCGAUGUCCUUUUCCUCACUCUCUACUGUUCUUUUCCAAGUCUGCUUUGGAGCUUGCAAUUGACUAAGUCCUAUUUAUGUGGACAGGUUUACCCCUUCAAAUAGUUCUUUUAUUAUUUUUUUAAUCUGCUUGUUUGUGAUCUCAAUUGGGGAAUUAUUCUGCAUCAGUUGCAAGAUAUGGUUUUACUUGGCACUUUUCCAUUUGUCAUGUAUCAGGAUUGUUUAUUGUGGCUUCUUUAAUUAUGAAGUUUCAAGUGCUUGCUUAUGAAAUCAAAAUCAAACAAUUUGUACUGUUUUUAUUUUGUUGAAUGCUUGUUUAAAGUCCAUUCCAGUUGGCCUUGUUUGAAAAACAUAAUUCCCCAUAUAUAUUCCAAAUGCUGCCGAAGGGUUGUUUGGUAUUUUGAGUGAGCUCCAAGAGCACAAAAACACAUAAAAGAAAUCUGUUGGCCAUUUCUUUCAUGGCAGAAACAUUUAAGCAAUGAUAACCACUGUCAUUAUCUUAAUCAUAUACCUUCAUUGUACAUUUUUCAUUUUGUGUAGUAAGUUUGCAGACAAACUUGCCUUUUUCUUUCUUUCUCAAAAGUAUGAUUGAGUGGUUGGUAUAUACAUUUGCUGUAGAUUCUGUUGUAAUUUAGUAUGUGGAUGGGAAAGAACUGUUUUUAAAAAUUUGUUUCAAAUGAUGGUACUGUUGCUGAAUGAGUUAUUUAUAGUGAAAUUAUAUAUGUGAUUGUUCUGUAUUAUGGUUUAUACAUGAUUACAUAGGUUAUAAUACAGAAGAGUGGAUGAGUGCACACAAAUUCGUAUGCAUGUAUAAGGGUCAUCCAAAUGAAACUACACAAACAACACCAUUAAUUGUACUUUCACUAAACGGAUGGGUGGGAUUUUCAUGGUGAAAGGGAUUUGUGAGCUGUUGUCACAAAUGUCUUGUGAAUAACAUCGUGAAACAAGUCAUUCUGUGAAGGCAAAACCUCCAAGCAGAAACAGCAUUCGAAAUACCCACAGAGAUCUUAGCUGCUUGUGGGCAUGCUAGGGGAAGUCACAUUUAGAUGCACUUCUGUCUUGACAGUGCAAGGAGUUCCAGGCUGCACGCUGCAAACUUAUACAAUACUUUUUGCAGCUGUUUGAUAGGAAGUCAUUGUCUUACAGUCCACCCUGGGAUUUGUUUUUGUUAUUUGGCCUCUGAAACAAAUAGAAAUUGAAUUGCCACCUCUUACACUGAGGUUUCUGAAGGUUUUUGGGAAUGGUUUUGUCAGUAUCUGGUUUCUUUCUUUGAAAGUGACAGGACAUCGUUAAAUUUUAGAUAUCUUUGUGUAUGAUUGACAUUAAAAUAAACCUUUUUAAAUGUUCAUUCUCCUCUAAAGUAUUAAGGUGUUUUUCACUGAUGGAAUAUUUAAAUGAUAGUUUCUGAUGGCAUGAAUUUUUCAAGUCCCCCUUUUAUUUUAGUCCAGUAACAUCUUUUCUACACAUCAAAAACAUUUCAGAUUUCACUUUAAAAUUAUCAGUUAACUGGAUCUUUUCCUUUGGAAGCAUGCAAUUGGUUUGACUGACUGGCUUUCAAAGAGCAUAAGAUAAUGAUUCUGACUAUUUUCUGAGAUUUGAGGAUGAAGUUUUGAAAUACUCAGCUCAUGGCUGUAUAACUGUUAGAAAGCAGAAGCUGUAAGGAUUUUAUUGGAUGACCCUGUUUUGUAGCUAGGGGUUAUUGUUCUUGAAGUCUGCAUUUUCAUGGUUGUAAUACUUAGCAAUUAUUGUGAGCCUGUCAACAUAAGCUCAUGUUUUCAUUCUCUGAUGAUUCUUUGUUUGGAAUUCUAUUUUAAAACACUUAUUAUAAGCACUUUUUGGUUUACAAUUCUGAAAGAACAUUUAUGAUUUGGUUGUUGAAAAGACAAAGUACUACAUUAGUUCCAUUUACAUAAAAGUUAGUAUUGCAUGUAAAAAAUUUUUUUUUUUUUAGUUAAAAUAGAAUUCUCGAUGACAUUUUAAAUAUAUCUUAAUAAUAGGGAAUCAUGAUGUGAUAUCAUGUGUAAAUGCUUUAAAUUCAUAAUGAAACUGAGGAGUUAAAGAAGCCUUUCUUCUCUCAUUUUCACUCAUAUUGUUGCAUUAGAAAAUAACUUGGAAGUAUCCUAAACGUGCAUGUAGUACUGAUUUGACAGGGAGGCUGUAUUUGACAAGAUAUAAGAAAUUUGAACUGAAGCAUUUGUUCCCUUUGUAUGGCCUUGAUUACGUUCGUCCCUCCAGCUGUGAUAAAAAUGACCAACAGUAAAUAUAAACACUGUUUGAACUGGUCGAAUAUCCACCACUUCUUGCCUAUGCAUUUGUUAGCCUGGGCAGCCUGUUUUGGUUUUGCUAACAUUAACUUGUCGGAAAGUUUAAUAUUAAAAACACAACAAAAUGG